AUGGAGAUGAAGGGUUCUAAUUUUGAUUGGACAAGUAAGGCGAAUGUGGUAGCUGAUGCGCUUAGUAGAAAGGUGUUACAUUCAGCAGCACUUAUUACUAAGCAGGCCCCUUUGCUUAGAGACUUUGUGAGAGCUAAGAUUGCAGAUUUAGUAGGGGAAGUUACCUCACAAUUGGCUCAAUUGUCGGUGCAGUCGACUUUGAGACAGAGGAUUAUUGUUGCUCAGUUAAAUGAUUCAUCUUUAGUUCAGAAGCGUUGCCUAGCAGAAGUAGGGCAAGAUGAGGAGUUCUCCAAUUCCUCUGAUGAUGGACUUACGUUUGAGAGGCGUUUAUGUGUUCCAGGAGUUUGGGACUCUCAAUUGCACUUGAUGGAGUUCACCUAUAAUAACAGCUAUCAGGCUACCAUUCGCAUGACAUCGUUUGAAGCUCUUUAUGGUAGGUGUUGUAGAUCUCCUGUUUGUUGGGGUGAGGUAGCACCAAUGAAGGGUGUUUUGAGAUUUGAAAAGAAGGGAAAGUUAAGUCCACGUUUUGUAGGGUCAUUUGAGAUACUUGAGCGAAUUGGCCUUGUAACUUAUCGUUUGGCAUUGCCUCCAUCGUUUUCUGCAGUUCGUGAUGAACAACUUGUUGAGAUUUUGGCAAGAGAGGUCAAGAUGCUCCGUAAUAGAGGAAUUAUACUGGUUAAAGUUCUUUGGCGAAACCACGAAGUCGAAGAGGCCACAUGGAAGAGAGAGGACAACAUGAGAGCCCAGUAUCCCGAGUUUUUCAAGGAUUAG